GUCUUGGAUCGGUCCCAGCCUGCUUUUCAGGUUGCCUUUUCUGAACAGUCUACUGCUUCUUGUUCACUCUCCAAUUCGGUAGUACAAAACCAGUCACAUUCGACCUUGUGGAAUAUCCCUGGCGGUGGGAGAGUUCGUUGUGGUGGAUAUCAGCAACCAUGCCUGCCGACCAGGAUCAACAGCUCGACUGCGCGCUUGAUUUGAUGAGGAGAUUGCCGCCUCAGCAGAUCGAGAAGAAUCUCAGCGACCUCAUCGAUUUGGUGCCGGACCUAUGCGAAGAUCUCCUCUCAUCUGUAGAUCAACCUUUGAAGGUCACCAAGGAUAAAUCCACUGGUAGAGACUAUCUGCUGUGUGACUACAACCGUGAUGGAGACAGCUACAGGUCACCGUGGAGUAAUACAUACGACCCACCUCUCCCUGAUGGAGCAGUACCAUCUGACAAGCUCCGAAAGCUGGAAGUCGAUGCCAAUACAGCGUUCGAUCAGUACCGUGAAAUGUACUUCGAGGCCGGUGUGUCUUCCGUAUACCUUUGGGACCUUGACCACGGCUUUGCUGGUGUCGUUCUGAUCAAGAAGGCCGGUGAUGGCUCCAAGAAAAUCAAGGGAUGCUGGGACAGCAUUCAUGUCAUUGAGGUUCAGGAGAAGAGUGGUGGCAAGAACGCCCACUACAAGCUCACCUCAACAGUCAUGCUUUGGAUGCAGACGAACAAGGAGGCGUCUGGUACAAUGAACCUUGGUGGAAGCUUAACGAGACAGAUUGAACAGGACAAUGCUGUGUCUGAGAACCAGCCUCAUCUUGUUAAUAUCGGCCGCAUGAUCGAGGACAUGGAAAACAAAAUCCGUGGUACGUUGAACGAAAUUUACUUCGGCAAGACGAGGGAUGUUGUCAAUGACUUGCGGUCUGUACGUAAUCUUAGUGAAGCUCGCAUGCAGCAGGAUGCCCAGAGGGCUAUUGCAGAUGCACUGAAGCAACGGAAGUAAAGCCUAGCACUGGAAUUCUUAUUCUUCAUUUCCUCUCCAGCUGACAUCUUUUUUGUUUUGUUUUUAUGUCUGCUAUGGUCUUCCAUAACACCCCUCAUCCCCGGCACCAUGCAUUCCUGGUAUGGCUUAUUGUCUGUAUUGUUUGAGAUGGCUGUUAUUCAGAAUGCUGGGCUUAGGCCGGAAUUUAUGCACUUUUUGUAAUGCUGUAAAGCCAGAAAUUUCCGGCGAGUUUUAUUUUUCGGUGACUUCGGUACAAGCAAUUAUAAAUAAAACGCAACAAGGUCAUGAUACUCGUGCUAGUACUGUACUAGUAGUUGUAGAGGAGGAUACCAAACUGACCGAUACUGCAGAUAUAACAUCACCGAAAAUCUCUGGUUUUACAGUAUAGGUACUUUCAAGAUGUAGAUCAGCUUCUCUUGAUCCUGCUGGUGUCGGGAAGCCCUGCACAUCAGGGAUUCCUCAAAAACUUAUACGUAUUUGACGACUCCCGGCCUGCUGCACAUAUACCCGUAUGUCUGCACCUUUAAAGCCAUGACCUUAUAUUCGAAACACCGCUGCUUUCCUCGCUAUUCUAGAUGCGAAAUGACCCACCUAUUACGCCAUGGCAUAAAAGUCCACACGCAAAAUUUCAAUCUACAUUCCCCUUUGCCCUUUCUGCUUGUCUGGAAGUUUUGUUAAAAAUAGUACUUACCGCUUCAUUUUCAAAACAUUUCAAAUGUUUCAUCUACAAGGCCAUGGCUUUACAACUGAGACUGGCUUUAGAAUCGA